GAACCAUCGAUCUCUUUUCAGAGAUAAGAAAACAGAGUCAACAAAAACAGAGAGCACUUCCGCCUAAGCUCGCAAAAUCUAUCCCAAAUUCUUCCCGGAAACAAUAGUUAAAAAGAAAAAUGAGCUUCUCUUCACUAACAAGUGCUUGCAGUUCCUUGGGUGUUAAAUCAUCAAGCUUGAUAGUGCAGCUGGGUUUUCAGACUACUGAAAAUAACAAGUUCCCUGGAGCUUUUGUUUCAUCCCCCAAAAGAACAAAAAUUAACAAGUUUUCUAUAGCUUGCUCUUCUACUGAUCCAUUGUUGGUUAAGGCUGCGAGAGGAGAUCCUGUAAGUCGACCUCCUGCAUGGAUGAUGCGGCAGGCAGGAAGGUAUAUGGCUGUUUACAGAAAGCUUGCCGAGAAACACCCAUCCUUCAGAGAGAGGUCCGAGACAACUGAUCUCAUUGUGGAAAUUUCUCUGCAGCCUUGGGAAGCUUUCCGUCCUGAUGGAGUGAUAAUUUUCUCCGAUAUACUUACUCCACUGCCUGCAUUUGGGGUCCCAUUUGACAUUGAAGAAGUAAGGGGCCCUGUUAUUCAGUCACCAAUUCGCUCUGAGGACGAUUUGAAGGCAUUGCAUCCAAUUGACUUGGAAAAGCUACACUUUGUUGGAGAAUCACUUAAGAUUUUGCGCCAGGAGGUUGGAGGUCAUGCAGCGGUACUAGGUUUUGUUGGAGCACCUUGGACGAUCGCCACAUAUAUAGUAGAGGGAGGUACAACCCGAACUUAUACAACCAUAAAGAGUAUGUGCCACACGGCACCGAAUUUAUUGAGGACUCUUCUUUCUCAUUUAACAAAGGCAAUAUCCGAAUACAUUAUUUACCAAGUGGAGUCUGGAGCACAUUGCAUACAAAUAUUUGAUUCUUGGGGUGGGCAACUACCACCUGACAUGUGGGAGCAAUGGUCAAAGCCUUACAUAACUGAGAUUGUGAGUGUAGUACGAAAUAAAUGCCCUAAAACACCUCUUGUUCUCUACAUUAACGGUAACGGUGGCCUCCUUGAACGCAUGAAAGGAACUGGGGUUGAUGUGAUUGGACUUGACUGGACAGUGGAUAUGGCUGAUGCAAGGAAGCGUUUGGGUAGCGAUAUCAGUGUGCAGGGAAAUGUCGACCCUGCUUACUUGUUUUCUCCACUUUCUGCAGUGACCAAAGAAAUUCAAAGGGUCGUUAAGUGUGCAGGACCACGCGGUCACAUUCUUAACUUGGGUCAUGGAGUUCUAGUCGGGACACCUGAAGAAGCUGUUGCACAUUUCUUUGACGUCUCAAAAAGCUUGAACUAUGACGGUUCAUCCCAAAAUCAUUCGAUGGAGGAAUCUAAAUUGUUAGUUUGAGAACAUUAUGGUUAAGCAAAAUCCUUUGAUAUUUUUUCUAUGAAUUGACUAAGUUGAUAUCUUAUCCUCGCAUCACGAUCUCACAAUCUCCAAUCAAGUUCCAUUUUCUAAAAGGGGCUGACUGGGGUAUCCUUCUUGUACAUGCAUGUGGAUAAGCCGGUAGGUAUUUCUGUUGUGCCAGUACUAAAUGUUGGGGAUGAAUAUAUAUCCUGAUUUUUGUUAUGUACAUGAAGUCCGAGUAUUUAUUCGAGUUUUUCCCCCUUUAACCUGGUUGGGAGAGGAUAUGAUCAGAAGAGUUGUUCGAGAGCUUCGAAGUGAUGAGCAGAAACUUGGAUAUGGGGAUCACAACCAGGUAUUUAUAUAUGUAGUGCAAUCAUUUCACUCAAUGGCAGAUUUUCCCCAUUCAUACAUUACCUGAAUGUAGGUGUGCUAUAUAGUCAUGGGUGGUAUGCCUCUAACAUGAGUGUAUUUAUUUAUUUUAUGUUUUUUUAACUCGCAUUCAUGCAUGCGGGUGUUAAGAUACAAAGUGAGUAGCCUUAGAACUCUAGAUUGUUGAAGGAAUUAUAAUUGAAAUAAAUAUAUAUUUCACUUUUA